CAGGCAACCACAAAGCGAGGGAGUGAAACAAGUACAAGCGCCGAGCAGCCAACCGAGUGAUUCACUUCGCCAUGCAUUUCGGUUAUUCAGGAUGCCCGCGUUCUACGUCUUUCUGGUUACAACUAUGGCAGGAGACUAUGUUGCUGUGCAGUUCGGCAUGACCAUAGUUGACUACGGCCUCGACAAGGCCAUCACGCCUGAUAAGGCCAACCAGCUGACGACUUUUUUAUUCUCCGGAGAGCUUGCUGGACGCCUCGGAAUAUCACUUUUGGCAGACGUCUUCCCAUUCAGCCGCCGUCCACUUUAUGCUCUCAGUUUCUUGUGCAUGUUCACCUGCACGACCGCAGUACCUCACGUGUCAAAUUUUCCAGGCGUUGUCUCGCUGUGUGUGGCCCAAGGUAUCGCGCAGGGGUACGGCUUGUGUAUCAAGUACAUACUUGUCGCCGAAUUCCUUGGUGUCGAAAGGACGGCGGCUUCCUUCGGAAUGUAUGGCGUUGCCAUGGUACCACUCUCCAUCGUCAGCCCCAAAAUAAUAGGAGCCUUCCGCGAUGCCCGAGGGUCAUACGACGGCUUUUAUCGAACAAUGGGAGCCGUAAGCUUAGCGGCCGGAGUCCUGUUUGGAAUGUUUGCUUUAUGGCACCGUGUCCGAGGAAAUUGUGACCGCACCAACGUUGAUUAGGCAGUUUGCCGACUAGAGCGCAGCAAGAUGUUGCAUUCUAAGAAGCCAAUAUCGUGCUUUCUUCGAUGGAUAUUCUCCGCAAUAUUGCUUUGUUUUCUUGUGCUGAUAUAGAGAAUUAUGUUUCAGAAAUGGGUGCUGGCAAUAGUUCAUAAAGCUUGUUUUUUGAAUCCAG